CUAACAGAAGUGAGCUGGACUGAGAAGACUCUUGAGCCUACUACUAACUAGGUAUUUCUUUAUUUAACUGAAAUGAAAUAAGGACAAGAAAAGGUAUGACUGAACCUGAUAGAAGACUGAGGAGUAUGGACCCUCAGAAGGAACCUCUGAUUUUCCCACUUGAUUUUUCUAAUGUUCCUAAGGACAUGGCAGAGUUGAUGGAACAGAUAAAAAAGUUGGCAGAGAGUAUGUUGUAUCAUUGGAAAACUUUCCCUAUAGUGCUACCCCAGUCUGUUACAGAUGGUAAAACUCAGACAGAACAAGUAUUUCGGGACCUGUUUAAAGCUCCAACAUUUGAUGAAUUAGAACAGGUGGCACUAAAUUCUGCAGGUGCAUUGAAGUCUUUAACAGAUAAACAACUUCAGCAAGUUUGGAAUACUGGAGAAUUUGAAGUGGACAGUAUAAAUUUUCAAGGUCAAGUUCACAGAUGGAGGCUGUCAAACCUUCUUCAGAAAGGGUCAUCGAAUGCUCAAAAUACAUUUUACAAUGAUUUAGCUUUGUCAUUGAGAAUAUUAAUUAUCACAGCAAGAAACAGAUUUGUAUCAGAUUUCUUUAGUGUGUCAGAAUCAAUAAAAAGCAUUGGAAAAGGCCUGGUCAAACUAUUAGAUAUUGUGAUUGGUAUGCCAUCAACAUGCUUAGAAAGUAUAGAACAGAAGAUUUUAGAUGAGCAUAUGAGAUACUUGGUGGCAGAACUAACAAUAAAGCAAAAUUCUAUGAAAGACUUUGAAGCUUUUUGCAGCUAUGUAAAACAAAAGUGUGAAGAGUUACAGUCGGAGAAAACUCAGACAACUGCUUUAAGACCUCCUCCAAUACCAUACUCCUACCAAACACCAAAUAAACUGGAUAUAGAUCUGAGAUUAUUUAAUAAAGAUCUGAUAAACAAUUGUUUACCAAUAUUGAGCAGUAUCUUGGACAGAGGAUCACGAGGAUGGUAUGUCCAGUACAGACUCAAAAUGAUGCAAGAUCUACAAGGGCAAGGUCUUUCAAAUAAAGAGAUGUCUAAGAAAAUCAAUGAGGCAAUAAUGGAAGAGUAUUUAGACAGGGUAUUUGAAGCAAUAAAAAGUAACACAGAGUUGGAAAAUCUACAAGAAGGAAUAGGUACACUACUGGUAGAUCAAGCAAAGACAGUUCUAACAAUGAAGAAAGCUGUCAAGCAUGUACAAGAAAAAAUGACCAAACAUAAAACAGAGUUAAAGUUACAUUUGAAGACAAAGUUUCCAAUAAAAUCAAGAAUACAACCUUGGAUAAAUGAACAAAUCAGAGCCUUUGAGCAAGAUUUUAUAAUCCAGAACUUAUAUUCAGCACAUGAAGAAGCUAUAGGUGUUUGUGAAGAACAGGGAUUAAAGCAAGCUGUGUACUUCUUGAAAAGGGAUCUAACUUUCAUCAAAGAGAGAGAAUCAAUUUUAAUCACAGAACUGAGUAGAGAAACUUCCCCCAAUAAAGUUUUUACUUUCUCUACAAGAAUAUGGAUGCCCUCUAACUAUGUUAUCACCAAGACAACCAAAGGUCAAUCAGAGGUCAUACAAACUGUUGUAAAAGCUCAACUGAUGCCUGAAAAUUGGAGGAGUCAGAAAUCAGAUGACAUCCAUUAUAGUGUGGAGAAGAAUACACAAAAGUUGACAACAAGUCAUUACCCUUUCUGGAGAUGGUGGAAUUUCCUUGUUAGAAUUCUCACUUGGAUGAAGAACUCUAUAUUCAUGUUUGGGAUUGUGAUUCCAUUAUGCAGUGCUUUAAGCUGGAGAGCAUUGUUUGGUAUUCAACAGUUCUAUCCAGACUCUCAGCUUUGUCAGGCAGAUGGUGCUUUAUACAAAAGAGAGUCUUCCAAAACUCAUACAAUGGUUUCCAGGAUAAGAGCUUUAUGGGAACAUGUUCGAAUAUCCAGAAAGAAAUUUGAAGAAACCCCUGAUAGAGGUUUUCUGGGGAAAAGUUUUGCGAGACAUUUUAACAGAUUUUGGAACUACAUUCUGAAAGGUGGAGUAGGGACGUUUUUUAUAGCAGUAUCUAUGCCAGUCCUGUGUACAGUGACAUCUACAUUGUCAGUGAUAUUAGCAAUAUCAGCCCCAUUAUGGAUACCAGUUGUGACAUUGAUAGUACAUAUUGGUGGAUUCUUGAUAUAUGAUUUUGACAGUCCAGAUGACAGCAAUAAGAUAGGAAUAUUGUUUGAGGCAAUUAUAUGGAGAUUGUUAAUACAGGGUUGUAUCCAGCCAUUGACUGCAGUGUUGGUUGGCAGUAUUGGUUGUCCUCUAAGUUCUCUGGGCAUUACGCUCUUCGGGUUAUUAAGAAGGACAUGUCGUGGAUUUUGGGAUACUAUUAUAUAUUAUAUUGUAAUCAAGCCUAGAGCCAGAGUACCAUCGAAUGAUAGUUUUGUAGCUAGGAGAAUUGCAGGUCCUGGCUUAGCAGCAGACUUCUUCUAUCAGAUUGAACCUGAACAAGCUCUAGCAGCAUUUGAAAGUAUGCUUGAACGAGAAGAAUUAGAGGCAUGGAAACAUCAUAUGUCCAGAUUGAUAGAUCAACCAAAAGAAGAUUUCAAUUCAUUCAUUGUAAAGUGCUUUAAGCCAUUCUCAGCGCAGAUAGAUACAGUUGGAGUUUACAGCAAGUUAUACGUAGAAACCAGUAACUAUCAUAAAGAUUUAGCUGUCCAGUUUCAAAACCGAGAGAAGAAAUUAAACACAGGAAUUAAUCCCAUGACUCAGAGAAAGAUUAAACUUCAGGAAAGACAGCUUAAGUUGACUAUUCUCCAUGCUGCUAAGAUGCUACAAGAUUUUUAUCCAAAGAAGAUUUUCCCAAGGAAGGCUUUGUUUUCUGAAGAAGACUUCUGGGAAGAUGAACAACUAAAGUUCAGAGACUGGAGAGGACUAGCUUGUAAAAAGUUAAAAGACGUAUUUUCUGAAGGAUUUCUGAUACCAUUAGAGGGAACUGAUACACACUUUCAGUUGGAGGUACAACAUUUACAUUUAGGAAGAUAUGUGGAAAUGUUGAAGACUGGGGACUUUCAUGAUGACUUAGACGUUGUAACUGAAGUCCAUUCAACUUCAGGUGAUGUAGCAGUCAAAAGACCGUCUGCUGAUUUAGAUAUCUUCAAUCCAAGUCGUGUAAUCCAUGCUACAGCUGCAUUUGCUACAAGGAGGCCAAGGUCAUGGCCAUGGAAACAAGAUAGGAAAGCAGCCACAUUUGACAAGCUACAGAUUCCACUUCCUAUUCAACAUCCUGCUAGCAUAGCUAUUUCUAUAUACAACAGAGAACAUGACCAGAAUCCAAUCAACUAUGAUGACUAUUACUGUCAGAGGAUUAUCAGAGCUACAAAAGAGCAACCAGUUUCAUCAAUUGUCUCCCUUGAAGAAAUAAUAACUGACUAGUUACAAGAUGCUAUGAGAACACCAUGUGUUUAUAUGAAAUCAGUUUAUAAUUGUAUAGACAUAAAUUUCUACUUUCACUUUACAAUUAUGUUUUAUUGUAUAGACAUGUAUUUCUACUUUCACUUUAGAAUUAUAAUAAGUCACUGUUAUUCACUAUAGUACUGUAUAUGGGAUGUUAUUAAACAUAGACAUAUAUAAUUCAUGGUUUUAAUGGAUCUACUAAUUUUGGUGCAUUACUGUCUAUUUUAGUGUUCAGACUAUAUAGUCAUUGGUUACCAAAUUAUUGUAAGAAUGUGAGUUACGAAAUAUAAUUCAGUUUUUAUAAUCAUUGGGAACUUUUUUAAAUAUUGCAUAAUGCUUGUUAGAUGAAUAAUUUUAUUAAAGAUUAAAUAUUGA